AUGGCAAAAAUGUUGGCUAACAGAAUGAAGCCGUUAAUGGAGGGGGUAAUAUCUGAGUCACAGAGCGCAUUUAUCCCGGAUAGACUGAUAACGGAUAAUAUACUAUUAGCUGCAGAGGUGGGCCAUUUUUUGAAUAGGAAACAAUGUGGAGUGGGGGGAUGGAGUGCUCUCAAGUUAGACAUGGCAAAGGUGAAUGGCUUAAGAUGUGAUCCUAUUAUACCCACUCGUGGAAUAAGGCAAGGGGAUCCUUUGUCCCCAUAUCUAUUUAUUAUUUAUGCAGAGGGACUAUCUUUGUUGUUGCAGCAGGCCAAGGCGGAGGAAGCAACUGAGGUUAAAAGGUGUCUAUCUGUGUAUGAGAAUCUAUCCGGGCAGGCAGUAAAUUAUCAUAAGUCGAGUAUAUGUUAUAGCAGAAAUACUAGUAACGAGGAUAGAGAAAGUGUGGCUCAGAUUUUGGGUGUGGCACAGGCACCGAAUUUGGCAAGUAUUUGGGACUCCCCUCUUUUAUUGGAAGACACAAGAAAGCAGUUUUUGCUGUGUACGGCGAUAGAAAGGACGAUGAAUCGUUACUGGUGGGAUUCUGGAACUGACAGGCGAAUACAUUGGAAGGCAUGGGACAAGUUAUGUGUCCCGAAGAAAUACGGUGGGCUGGGAUUCAAAGAUUUGCGUGCAUUUAAUCUUGUAAUGCUAGGAAAGCAGGCGUGGCGAAUGUUGACUAAGCCUGACUCUCUGGUGGCACGUGUGUAUAAGGCCCGGUAUUUUCCGAAAGGAUCUUUCUUUGAUGCACAAGUGGGAAAUAAUCCCAGUUUCUGCUGGCGGAGCAUCAUGGCAGCAAAGAGUAUUAUUUGUGGUGGGGUGAGGCGCAAAAUAGGUAAUGGGGAGUCUACAUUCAUAUGGACCCACCCCUAG